AUGGAUGAAAAUAAAUUAUUAAAAACUUUUAUUUGGUUCAUCAAUGAUUUUCAACAUUUUUAUAAAAACCCAACUCAUUGUCAAACUGUUUGGAGCGAUGCUUUCUAUUCACCAUGCUCUUCCUCGUCAACAAUUAAUAAUGAAAUGAAUACUGCCACCAAUAUUAUGACGGCUUCUGGUGAUAAUACAACUGCUAAUACUACCACCAUCAUUAACCAUUCUACUAAUAAUGAUAUAAUCAGCAAUGGUUGUGCUUGGAGAUUAUGUAUGUUCCCAAAAGGUUACAAAACUGAACAAUUUUUGUCAUUAUUUCUUUACGCGUUUCCAACUGAUUAUGAAAAAAUGCAUGGAAUUCACUGUAGAGCAGUUAGAUAUGUUCUCGAAUUGUUCAAGGUUGGAAUUAAUCCCAACACAUCCAAAGUAGAAUUGAGGCCUGUAAAUGUUGGUCAAACGGUCUUUAAGAAAAGCUUCAAUCUAGAUCAUAAGGGUGAUAGUGGAGGAAAAGUUAAGUUUAGUGAUCUGACAAACCUAUUCCCCAGAAAUGACACGUCAAUUAAACUUGAUAUUAUGAUCAGGUUAAAAUUAUAUACUGAAGAUGACUUGCAAGCAAGUUAUAAUAUUAAUAAUGUUGAUAUCAUUAAGUUUCAGCCUUCUUUGGAAAAUUAUUUCAACAACAAUAAUUUUAGUGAUGUGACUUUUAGUUUCAACGAUGAAUCAGAAAUUAAAGCAUCUAGAUUGGCUUUAUCUAUCCGUUCCAGUUAUUUUGAUAGAAUGUUUAAUGGUGAAUGGGCCGAAUCAAAGGCAACAAUCAUUCCCAUCAAGAACGUUACCUAUCAAUGUUUUAAAUAUCUGAUUUACUUUCUUUACUCUGGCAAAUUAAACGAUGAUAUACCAUUCGAUGUAUUGAAAGAUUUGUUUAUUGAAGCAGAUAUUAGAGAAAUUCCGGAACUGGGUGAAUUGGUUGCUUCAAAAAUCAUUGAUCAGGUUAGUGAUGAUAAUUGGAGUGAGAUAUUAUUUAUUGGUUGGAAGACAAAAAAUUAUUCUUUGAAAAAUGCUGCGCUCAGUUAUAUUCGUGUUAAUUGGGAAAAAGUUAAGCGAGGUAGAAAGAUCAAUGAAGUGAUAGCACAUGGUGAUAUGGAGUUAAUCGAUGAAUUAAUGUAUACCAUUUGUUUUGGUGUAAUCAUUGCGUUUUAA